UCUAACUUCCUUUAACAAUGAGCGACAAACAAAGCGUCGUAAGUAUGGGCGUUCUUGGACGUCCUGAUGGAUCCUCUCAUUUCCGCAGUAUCGUCAACUACUGUCUAAUUGCUAUCGGCGUUGGUAUCUUGGCAUUGCCUAAGGCCAUCGCCCAAGCUGGUUGGAUAGUUGGGGUGCUGUUACUGAUACUAGCUGCUGGGCUUGCUCAAUAUGCAAUGGUUUUGCUGUACAAGAGUAUGCGUAUUACCGCGGCUGAUGGCAUCUCUCCAACCUUCCAGGCUGUUGGUAAGGACGCGUUCGGUGUCGUCGGUAUGGUAUUCGUCUCCUUUGUCGUAUACCUCGAUCUAGUGUUCGUGUGUGCACUAUUGGUUAUUCUGGUUGGAGACGGUAUGGAGACUUUGGUACCUUCGGUGGAUACAUUCUGGUGGAAGCUUAUCUUCACUUUGAUUAUGCUUCCCCUCUCGUGGUUGCCUAGCUUGAAGGAAGUAGCGUUCGUCUCUGCCAUUGGAGUAGGAGCUACUAUCGUCACUUGUAUAGCGGUUGUGGGGGCUUCGGCUCGUGAGAUUGCGGAGCCAAUAACAGAGAAGACUCAUAGCGUCUGGCCCCUAUCACUAAUGGAUGCUGUUGUAGCUCUGACCAACUUCUUCUUUGCUUUCACCGUCGCACCCGUUAUCCCAACUCUAGUGGUUGAUAUGAGGAAGCCUGAAGAUUUCCCUAAAAUAAGCGGAAUCGCACUCAUUGUCAUUAGUGUUGUCUUCGCUAUCAUCGGUUUUGCUGGGUAUCUUGGUUUCGGUACGGAUCUUGUUACUUACCCCAACAUCAGUGAGGCGAUAGCCCAUGGCCGAUCCUCUAAUGACUGGUUGUUGAUCAUUGUUGAGGCUGCUAUCGAGGUGGUGUGCUUCAGUCACUUCUUGGUCAUGCUCAAUCCAGUCAGUAUUGCCCUUGAGGAUGUCAUCAAAGUGGUCAGUAAGAAGCAGAGUGUUCCUUGGUGGUUUAAGAUUAUGGCUCGCUCUUUGUUGGUAUUUUUCUGUUUCGCUAUUGCUGUAUUGAUCCCAGCAUUCAGUAAGUUAGUGGACCUUAUCUCUGCCACUCUCUGUGUGUUCCUCCAAUUGAUAUUCCCCGUUGGCUUCUAUUGGGUCCUUACGAAACGUAGCGGCGAGAAAGCCAAGGUUUAUCGCAAUAGGUGGUUUAAGUAUGGCGAAUAUGCUGUAAUGCUAUUCUGCAUUGUACUUGGUGUGUUCAGUGGUGUAAUUGGCACGUGGUCCGUUAUCUCUAGUUGGUAGGAAUAGUUCCUAUCUCGAAUGAAGUGUCAUCAUUCGUAAUCGGUGUCUGAUAUUCAACAUUUUCCCUUAUACUCUCCCAAGUCUCUAUGAGUCUAAUGAGAGUGUCAUUAUGGUCAUAAAACUCGAUUCGUACACGAUCCUAUAUUUGGAUUGUCGCAGUCGAGUCCACUAGUUAUCCCUCCUCUGCGAGCUUCACUAUAUCGUGCCUCGCCUUGUUUUUCUGUUGAGGUAUAUCGUGACGUGUGAGGGAUGACCUUCUGCAGUUCGUCCAUCCUUGGUGAACUAGCGUCAAACUGACUCUAUCUACUGAUUUAGCCUCAUGUAGGUGGAGUCUAUCGUAUACUUGUCAUUCAUGUCGUCUAACAUUUGUCGUAAUAAGUCAAAUGUGUUGGUACUCUGCAGAAUACUCAAAUCUCUACUAGUAUAGGUUGGUCCAUUUAACUCGAAUCUAAACAUACGAUGGAAACAUAUGUGAACAAUGUGUUGUUUAUUAUGGUCCCCAAAAGUGCUACAAAAAAUAGCACUUGUUAUUAUUCCACGCGUCACUAUAUUGUGAUAGCGUUGUUACAUUCUCUCUCGUUGUUGUGGCAGUCGUAAUCAAUGCUGCUCAGAGCUGAUGCUAUGCUCCGAGCUCGAUGAGUGUGGCAUCUCUUACCGCAAUCACUGCUCAUUCUGCUGUUAUAUCUGAAAGUAUUACCA